GAAAGCAGUCACUCUGAAGUAUCUCUUUUUGUGCUCUCAGAAACAGAUCUGUCGGAUACUUUGUGAAUAAAACACCAAACCUUUGAGUGUGUGAGAGGAAGAGAGAGGAAGAGAGUUGAUGAGAGGCGGGAAGUGAAGGGUCUCGGAGAGAAGAUGCAGACCUCCAAGAGCUUUCGGAUGGAUGACUUUUUCGCAGGAAUGAUAGGCGGAGCUUCCAGUGUGGUUGUGGGUCAUCCUCUGGACACAGUGAAGACGAGGCUCCAGGCGGGGAAAGGAUACAAGAACAUGCUGCACUGCAUCCUCACCAUCUACAGGAAGGAGACGGUGAUGGGCUUCUUUAAGGGCAUGUCGUUCCCUCUGGCCAGCAUCACCAUCUACAACUCGGCGGUUGUUGGCUUCUUCAGUAACACACAGAGACUUAUUAGCAAGUAUCGCUAUGGAGACGGACGGCACCCCUGCGGCAUGAUGGACCUGACGCUGGCCAGCAUGCUGACCGGGCUGGUGUCCGUGGGGUUAGGAGCUCCAGUGGACCUGGUGAAGAUCCGCCUGCAGAUGCAAACACAGAUGGUUCUGGCAGGAACUUGAACCUUGCGGGCAGUUUUGACCAGCGGCUCCAACAUCCCUCUGCGCUCCAUCGCCAUGCCCAGCCCGAGUCUGUAUCGAGGCCCGAUCCCCUGCAUUAGCAGCACCUUACAGACGGAGGGUCUCCAGGGCCUCUACCGGGGGGCCGGGGCCAUGAUCCUGAGGGACGUCCCAGGGUACACACUCUACUUCAUCCCUUACACCCUUCUUCUGCAACCUGCUGAAGCCGACGCCUCCUCCAACCUCCAUCCCGAUCCCAUCUGGCUGGCUGGAGGACUGGCAGGGUCUAUCUCCUGGGUGACGGCCACCCCCGCUGACGUGGUGAAGAGUCGUUUGCAGGCGGACGCUGCGCUGCAGAGGAAGUACAAAGGCAUCGUGCACUGCAUCGUCCAUAGCUACCGGACGGAGGGCGCUCAGGUUUUCUUCCGCGGCGCGUCAGUAAAUGCUAUCCGAGGAUUCCCGAUGAGCUCCACCAUGUUCCUGACCUACGAACUCUCCCUGCAGUUCUUCAGAAGCUUCUAGGACAGAGGAAACACUUUGGUGCGAAAAGGAAUCAAAACUCAGUGAGGCUAAAUGAGCUAGCAGGGCUCAGUAUUCUGUAGCUGUGAGAUAGCAGAUUUAAAGCUAAUGCUAACUUUAGCUGAACACACCUCAACUGUUGAACACUGCACUGUGAAGCUAAUUUCCCUUCUGUAACACAAAGACUUGUGAAUGAUGUUUUAAAAUACGUUUUAUAUGAGAAUAAGGACACAGAAAUAAUCAUUGAGUUCCUGGCUAGCACCUUGGUUGCAGUAGGCUACUUAUUAAAUACAUGUAUUGUGUGUAAUGCUAAUACCUUAAAAUGCCUCUGCUAUUUCUGGUACAGUAGCUUUGCGAUUAGUAGCUACUGAUUUUUGUAUUGUACAAAUUCAGCUUGUAAUCUGUAUUGAUAGCUUGACACUGGUUUCAUGAGCAACAAUGGCUAGCUUUAUAGCUAAAUUGCUUUAUUACGUUAUGGUGAUAAGUCAGGUGUAAAAUCAACAUUCACUCGUCCUGAUAGCUGCCACAUAACGGUAGCUAAUGCUAUAAGCGUAACAUAGCUAACGGGGCACAUGGAGGAUUUUCAUUAUUUAAUGGAAGAGUUGAGUAUUGCUAAGGAAAAUACACAAUGCUUUGUGUUCCCUUUUUGGUGGCUUGCAGGCAAGAAGGUCAUAUUGGAUGUUUGGGAUCAGUCUGUGCUGAGACAGAAGAAGAAAACAAUCAUUGUCUGCUUAAUUAAGGCUCUGUAUACCCCUUUGUUAACGUCACAUCUGUAUCUACAUUGACAUCUUUAAAUAUUAAUUUAAAUGCGUUACUAGAACGUUUUAACGGACCUUAGCUCAGUUUUAUUUAGGACGUAUUGUGACCUGCAACUACCAAAUUCAACUUAUAGGUGUAAUGUGGUCUUUAUAAAAUCAUUUAACACUAAGAUCUGUGCAGGAUUAACAUUUGAAUUAACGAUUUUAUAAAAGGAUGUGACAUUUUCAACACACCUAAGUUUAAAUUUAACAAUUUUGUGUUAGCUUUCAGUGUCGAUUUGUUUGUUUCAAUUAAGCUUUCACUUAAUUUCAGUUGUAGUUUGUUUGCUUUUUUGCACAUUAAUGAGAAAAUAUAUGUUAAUUAUUCACACUUAAUUAAUGCGUUAACCCAUUUUAAUUUGUACCUUACUGUAACUAGGUGAGUUUGCAAUUAAUCUAAUCUUUUGUGUGGUUAAGUUGUUGCCUUUAAAUCCACAUGGACUGAAUGUGCAUCCCAUGUUGCUUUCACUUGUAAAUAUAAUGUUUGUGUUUCUUAUAUUAAGAAAAGUUAGUUAUCUCAAUACCAAUAAUACAGGUGCAUUGAUCCAGAUACAUAAGCCAUUCUGUUACAUGUUAUUGCUUUAUAAGGCAGCAUAAAUGUUUAAUUAUUAAUAUCAACAUCAUUUACAGCACAACGUUUCACCUUAGACUGAAAAUCUUUACGUUUAUAGAUUAAAAAACACAUAGUAGUUGUUGAGAAGUUAUGCCUUUGUCAGACAAUCAUAAUAGACCAACAGUCUCUUUAUAUAUAAAUUCAUAAUAAAUAUUCAAAGAAAUAUAUUUGAAUUCAUGUCAUGUACAUACUUGUAAAUAUGUAUACUGCCAUUCCAGUUGAUGGAGGGACUAAAUUGUCAUAUUGUAAAUAAAGAUUUUAAACGCGA